AUGCCAUUGAAGAUCAUCGUUGUUGGUGCCGGUCUGGCCGGUUUGGGCGCUGCCAUUGCCUUGAAUCGGGAGGGACAUGAUGUUGAGGUUAUUGAGCAAUCAGGCUUCCUCAACGAAGUAGGCGCAGCGAUUCAUUUGGCGCCGAACGCGACCCGGAUCCUGAAGGACUGGGAAUGCGAGUUUGACAGCUUACAGCCAGCUCCAUGCCAUCAACUUACAGCGUGGGAUGAAGCGGGAAGCCAAGUUCGAUUCGAAGUAGUGACGCAAGAGCUUCAGGAAGCUUUGAACAUAACUGAUGAAUGGCUUCUUACGCAUCGCGUGGAUUUGCAUAAUACGCUGAGGGCUGCUGCUGCGAAGGAAGUCAAUGGAAAGAAGCCACUUAUCCGGUUGUCUUCGCGCGUUGCAUCUGUGGAUGCAGAGUCUGGAGUUGUUUUAUGUGAGAACGGAACUGAGUAUACAGGUGAUUUGAUCAUCGGUGCGGAUGGUGUUCAUUCCCGAACUGUACGUGCGAUAACUGGCGAGGACCAGCAAGAGUCCACCGGCCAGAACUGCUUCCGGUUUCUGGUUCCAGUAUCCAAGAUGAUGGCCAACCCCAUUACCGCAUCUCUUAUAGAGCGGAUUCGACUAGACGGAAUGCACGCAUUCACGUCGUAUGACCGCAAGCUCGCGGUUUACCCGUGCCGACGCGGGACUCUGCUCAAUGUCGCAGCUAUUCAUCCAUCGGGUCCUCAGGGGACUACUGGGGCGAGGCAAUCGUCAUGGCUGGAUGGGGGGAACCUGGACCAGUUACUGGAGGUCUUUGAGGGAUUUGGUCCAGAGCUGUUGGAGAUGUGCAGGAUGGCCGAAGAUAUCAAGCUUUGGAGUUUGGGUUCUCGAAAGCCCCCUCAUACCUUCUUCAAGGACAAACUGGUCCUGAUUGGUGAUGCGGCUCACCCUACCCUUCCUCAUCAAGGCCAAGGUGGUGCUCAAUCUUUCGAAGACGGCGCGGCACUGGCCGCCGUGCUCCCAGCCAGCACAACGUCAGAGCAACUCCCCCAAAGACUCGAAAUGUACAACCAAGUCCGCUAUGCACAUUCACUGACGGUAAUGAUCUUGUCCAGGAUGGACGACGAGCGUCGGGGCGAGAUGGCGGAUGAAUUGAGGAAAUAUGUGCCUGAUGCAGAGGUUCCGGAGAAUAUGUUUUCGUUUACUUGGAACUCAUAUCCAGCGAAGGAGGCUGAGGUAUUGUUGCAGGCUGCGGAGCGUGCUUGA